UUUUUAUAGUAAAUAUAUCACAAAGUCCUCAAUUCAAUGAAAUAUUUCAAAGCAAUGCCGCUUUUAUUUUGUUAUCCUCACCGGAAACGCUUUGAAUAACGUUGCUAGCUUGCUCCCACUGGUAUCGAGCCUGGCUAGGGGAGAGGAACUGUGGGAUAGGGCAGAAUACGGGUGGGUAAAAGAAGAUUAAGCUGGGUUAACAUCUGGCAACGCAGACGAAAGAAACGGAGCAGGGGUCACCAGCAACUUGGCAACAUCUCUUCUCUCCCCUGGCUCCAUUGUGCAAGGACAUCGCAUAAAUCAUCACAUUCAAAAGUCACAGAGUGCCUCAUUUCCUAAUAACGUCACCCUGCUUCUUCAUCUGUGCAAAACAUAAUCUGCAAACUACGCCAGCAAGAAGAAACUAAUAAAGUACAUCUCAGCUACCAAAGUCAGUGUUGCAUCAAGUUUAGAUCAGUUGUUCUGAAAAACUAACUUUCAAAACUUCUCAUAGUGCUACUCAGUUAUCUCACAAGGCCAAUUCAAGUAGGAUUUUUGUUUUAAAUAAGUACUUUGCACCAUUAUGGCCUCCACGAUGCAUUCGUCCGAGCCAGACAUCCCAGACAACCACAAAGAGAGUUGGCUGGCUUUACUUUCUGCUGCAGAAAUAUACAGCCAGAAAUCUGGCUGUGACCUGGCCAUACUCACAGCCUGCAAGAAGUUCCGGCCGCCAGCUGGAGAAGGGGAAGGAGUGAAAAAACAGGAGAGCGGCACCACCUUUCCGAGGGAGUGUGAUUUCUCCUAUAAUGUGUGGGGUCAGAGCUUUCUGGCUGAAUCGGCACGCCGCUACAUGGACGACAUCGGAGUGCUGCAUUCCACGACCAUGCUAACAGCCCAAAAGCAUGCUCGCCAAGCUGGGGAGGAUGGAGGAACCAAGCUGAUGGUUGACUUGACCUCUGACCCCGGACAGAGAGGGUUGCAGAGCUUUACAGGCGAUGCGGGAGUGGGCGGAGUCAGUCCAAACGGCAGGCUUUACCCUCAAAGCUACCCUUCGAUCUACAGCUCAGACACAGCGGCCGUGCAUGGCGGUGGGCAAAACUGUAACCGAGAGAAGGGUCGGGAGAGGAGUGUGCUGGACAUAGAGCAGGAGAGACAAACGUCAGGGAUAGUGGAUUUGGAAGAAGAGGGUGAGGAGGUGGAAGAGGAGGAGGACAUGGAUGAGAGGCGACCCUAUGGGAAUGAAAGUGCCGGUGUAUUCUCUAUGGACGAGGACUCUAUUUCUCGGGACUGUGAGCCCUUCUUUGAAUCUGACGGGGAGGAGGAGAGCACUGAUGGCUCACUGAGUGAGGACGCCCCUCCACCACCUCGGGGCAUGGCCAUGGGUCAGUCUGCGUUCUCGUCUCGUCACGCCCACCACAUGGCUUUGGCUCGCUCCCUGCCUGUGUCUGUUCCAGUGUGGGGCUGCAAAAGCAACAGAGCUGCUCAGGGAGACAGCAACAGUGGUGAACGGGUGGGCUGUGCCGAUCUGGAGCACAUCGCCGCGAGUAUGAAGGCCCUGUUGGUCCCUGGAGCCACCGAUGGGACGGAGAUGUUUGGUGCACUGCCACGGCCUCGUCUCAACAUGGGCGACUUCUCGCUCAAGCACUGAGCAGGGAGAGGGGUGAGGCAAACAGAGAGAGGGACAGAAAGAAACCCUGAAUAAUCUGGAAAAUGUGACGUUCAGUAUGUGAAACAGUGUAAAAACUAGUACCUCCAGUUAUUAUAUUGAUCACUAACCAAAAUAAAUGGCACACGCUUUACAGGAGAAACAAAAUGUUAUCAACACUAAUAACAUUUGCAACACUACCAACCCCCACUGUCUCAUAACAUUUCACAAUACUGGCUUCUACCAACCGCAACACUAGACGUGGAAUGAGCCUCGGGUUGUGUGGCCCACAGCACAGCUGGGACUCUGGGACUGGAUGAGAAGUGGUGUGACCAAGUCUUGGGAUGUUCUUACUACCUGUGAUGUCAUGAGGUCUUUGAGAGAAAAGAUGACGUUGUGGCUGCUUCAUGGUCAGGUCUGGUGCUCCUGCAGCUACUUGGAGAUCAUUUCAGCUCUAACGCAGAAAUCUUUAGGAGAAAUGUGGCAAAUAAUUGUUAUUUCUUUUGUUAAGAAAAACGGUAUUUCUUCCUAUUUUUCAGAGAUUGAUAGAAAAACCUAAAUGUUGGGAAGCUAGAAUCAAAAACGUGCAAACUAUCUGGGAUUUAAAUCCACUAAAAUCACACAUCGUCGCCUUUAAAGCUCCGUAACUGGUGGGUAAAUGCGUGCAGACAUUUAAGAAAGGCGAGUCAUUCUGCUCAUGUCGUUUUAUGUUUUUCUCGCUGCCAAAAAUGGCUGAUUACUCGACUACGGUUUAAGAAGUGGCUGGUUUAAAAGUUACUUCUUCAAAAAUAUAAAACAGCUGUAACCUUACCUUUAAAUGUCAGCUUCAGUGUGUUACAUUUAAGUCAUGAAACCCCUAUUGUGCGAGCUUUAAACGGGACUUUAGUUGACGUUUGAACACAAAACCUGAGAUUCAUGACUGGUUUUUGUAAUCUGCCGACAUGUUUGAGACGAUUCCUGCUUUUACACGCCUGACUGAAAUGAACAAGUCAGUUCUAUUGAGUUAUGGUACAUAAACCAGGUGAUGGAGCUGGGAAAUGUGUGAAACUGGUGCUGAUUGCCAAUUUAAAAAUUCUUGGAAUCAUUUGACUGGGUAUGGAGUUAUACUUGGAGCAAAAACACGCUUGAGCAGCUGUAAGAACCUUGUUUGUAAUUUAAACACCAGAAGUUUUUAAAUCUCAAAUGAACUAUUUUUGAAAGCCAACUAUUUUAUAUUGCCCCUUAUUUAACGCCAGCAUAUAGGGGAGUGGAUUUCUUUUCCUUAAACCAAAAUAAAAUAAAAACACAACCUUUGUGAAGAUCAGUGAGGCUGAUAUAAUGAAAUACCUUCUCUUAGCAGGUUGCAAAUGAAGCCAAGCUUUGGGAUUUUGCUGCCAAAUGAACAAGGAGGAUAAAUAUAUCAGGUCUAUUAAUAACAUGUUUUCUCACAUUGUUCAUGAAGUAAAAACUUAUUAAAGAUUAAUCUGUAACCAAUGUGAGACCUCGACAAGCAGAAAAACACCAAAAACUUUAAUUUAUCGGCAGAGUAAGAAAUUGCUCAUAAUUGUAAUUUAAAAACAUUGAUUAGUCAUAGAAAUCAGAACCCUGCGUGGGUCCAGCUUCAUGUUUAUUUAGAUAUCAGAGCUGAAGGGUAUUUUUGUUUGCAUCAAUCUGUUGGAUUUAAAGUAAUUUUACCAAAAUUCUCUGUUUAAAAAGAUAAGUUCUGUCUUUGUGUUUCAGUUCCUGCUCAAAAAUAACAAUUUAGUCAUUUUUGUCAUCUCCAGUCAGUUAUCAGCUCAGGUGACCAACAGGCUCUGUGUGUUUUCUUCUACGGAGCAGAAAGAUGGCGGGUUUAACAUGAAACUUAUGGCUUUUGUAAAUGUGAGCAGAAGACACCAGCACCUUCUCAUUACAUGCCUACUUUUUAAUUUCUCCAGUGAAUGACUGACUGUCAGAAUGAUUGUAAACCAAUUCUGCUUUAUAGGUGAUGGUAUUCAUUUUUGUUUCAUUUGCUUGAAUGUGUUGUUGAAAUGCCUGAAAGAGAGAGAGAGAGAGAGAGAGAGAGAGAGAGAUUCUGUUAGAGUAAGAGAGAGAGAGAGAUGGUUUAAAAGUCUACCUGUUUGAUAUUUCAAAAAUGGUUAAAUGUUCCGUUAAGUACUUUUAUGUUUCAAAUAAAGGAGCAACACCAAGAGGAAAGA